GACGAAGCGGAAGUGAGUCGUCUGGGCCACGCGGGCUUGAUGGCGGCGGGCUGACGGAGUGAGGAGGCGGGGAACCGGAGGCCCCGGCGGUACCGAGCACCGACAGACAAACAACAACCACACCGACGACAACAGCAGCGAGGCGGGCCGCAGAGGACGGACGGAGCGGACCUCCCAUUGGCCGCCAUCCUGUCUCGCUCCAGCAGCCAGCUGAUAGCAGUCCUGUUAGCCCGGAGGACGCCGUGCGUUUUGGACCUGGCGCUCGUUAGCUUGAGUGCCGUGUGUAAGCGAUGAGCUCAACUUUAGCGGCUGCUUCUCCGUGACCUCACAGCUGCACAACAAACCAAAAACAAGCUCAUUCAUUUGUUCUGAAAAUGUAGCUUAGCUUGAAGCUAGCACAGCAGUUCAAUCCCAGUCAACGACACGCUUCAGGAAAAGAAAUUCUGUUAGAAAAUAAAUCACCUGAACAUGUAGCUGGACUCAGACCAGGGUUACGUGUCUGGCAGCUAACAGCCGGUUAGCUGCUAGCGUCUAGCAGGUAGCUGUGGCGCGGGGCUAGGUCGAGGGGUAGCAGGGGUGUGAUGGAGUACCACUCCGGUGGCAGCCUGCCCCUGCUGGGGAGACCACGGUACUGUCCCGGGGCCAACGCUAACGGAGGAUACCUGUGUGAGACGGGACACUGCUGCGGGGAGACCGGCUGCUGCACCUACUACUACGAGCUCUGGUGGUUCUGGCUGCUGUGGACCGUCCUCAUCCUGUUCAGCUGCUGCUGCGCGUACCGACACCGUCGAGCCAAACUGAGAGUCCAGCAGCAGCAGAGACAGAGAGAGAUCAGCCUCCUGGCCUACCAUGGUGCCAACUCCUACCCGUCCUCCAUGCUGGACCUCAGUUUCUUGGCGUCUCUGAAGCUGCCAUCCUAUGAGGAGGUGGCAGCUCAACCCUCCACCCCUCCUCCACCCUACAGCUCAGUGUUCACCACGCCACGCUACCCACAGCCGCCCCGUGCAGCUGAGCCCCACCUGCUCACGCAACACGGCCCGCUGCUGCACCGGCCACUCAGUGAUGGACCAUCCUCCCUCAGCUCCGACAACAGUUCCAGUUGUUCCUGUGACUCCUGCUGCCCCUCGUCUCCAUGUAGCUCCUCCCUAUCAGCACCCGUUACGUAUGAGACUGACACAAGCCAUGCCACGACGCCCAGCGAGGCCACACCCCUCACUCUUGAUGUCACCAUGGAGACCAUCGCUGCAGCAGCAUCCUUUUUGGAGGUAAAUGAGGCACAGUUUGUUUCUGAGAGGAUGCUCGCCACAGUGGACAUUGACACUGGUGAUGAAAUCUCUGCUGGAGCACAGGAACACAUCGCCACGGACUCAUCAGUUACCAACCAGGUUGUUUCUAUGGGGGUUGUUACUAGGGCAGUCUCCCCUCACUCUCUACCCUCUCCCAGUUCUGAGGUGGCGCUUCCUGUUGUAACUACAUCUCCCAUAAAGCAGCAGCUUGGCCUCAUACCCUGUACCCCAAUUGUCAGCACCUGUAGUUCAAGUACACUCCCUAGUCCAAGUGUUAUUGACACAACACUCCCCUUCAUCCAAAUAAAAAGCUUUGAGGGCCCAGUUGGUCUUGAAACUAUCCCUGCCCCAGAAAUAACCUCAAAGUCAGGCCCUUCUACCCUCACAACUAGUAAUCAUGGCAGCCCUGCAGCCACCCAAACCCUUGAUCUAACCAGAACUUUUGAUACAGCCAACGUCUCCAGGAGCCCAACCUCACUACCAUGCCCAGAUGUUGGAAGAACUUUGGCCCUGAUAACAGGCUCUGCUGAUCUCCCAACCCCAGACCCAAAUCCUAGCCUUGUGCCAAUCACUGCAGUACCUUUGAACUCUACCCAAGCUUUGAUCCCAGUACCUUCAAACCCUACCCAAACUUUGAUCCCAGUACCUUCAAACCCUACCCAAGUUCCCAUCCCAGUACCUUCAAACCCUACCCAAGAUUCAAUCCCUGUACCUUCAAACCCUACCCACGUUUCGAUCGAGGUGCCUACAAACCUUUCCCAACCUCUAGAUGCAGUACCUACUGACUUAACCCAAGAUCCAGACCAAGUAUCUUCAAACCUUACCCUAGCCACAGAUGCAGCACCCAUUUCACAUACAUUAGCCCAUUGCCAGAUUCCAGAAAAUUCACCUGCGUCAUGUCUAUCCCUGGGUUCUGCCAGCCCAAAGUCCAGCUUUCCCCAACACACAGGAGUUGUUGCUAGACUUGUAUCUUGUCUAGAUCCAGCUGCAGUACCAGCCGAUUCGGGUCCUUCUCUGGUUUUGUCUCAAUCGCCAAAGUCAAACCUUAUCAGUCCCUUACCAUCAAAUGUCCAUGUAGGUUUUAGUUCUGGAUCUGGAUCUUGGUCUAGUGUUGAUUCUGGAUCAGGUCCACCACUACCGGUGCUCACCUUCUCAACACGUGCAGCUUCCUCUUCCUCUAACUCCUGCCCAGCCAUAACCAUAGAGUCUGAAUCUUCUUUUGCUCUCUCUCAGUCUCCCCCUGCAGACCUCUCCCCAUCCAUUCCUUCUCCUCCUUUCCUCCAUUCCCUUCCAGCCCUGUCUCCUGUCUCUCUCCCAGCCCCGGCUUUACUCCUGGACCCCCUCACUGCUCUCCACCAGUCCAACAAAGGUGGAUCCUCCUCUGGCCAUGCUUCCUCCCUCUCCCCCUCCCCUCGUGCUACUCAGUCCCCCCCUAAACAAACUCUCUUCUCGCCCUGCGUGGAUGUUUUUGAACCAGGACCUCCCAGCUGGGAGGUUGGAGAGGAGGAGCAGGAGGAGCAUAACAAUGACGAUGACGAAGAUGACAUGGGAGCAGAUGAGAGCCAGUACAGACACCGGCGACUUACUGGUGACUCUGGGAUUGAGGUGUGCAGGUGUCGGGUGGAGGACGAGGAAGAGGAGGAGGAGGGAGAGGAGGAGGAGAAAAGGAAAGAGAUUGGCAGGAGAGGUGGUGGAGUGGAGAGGGAUAAAAAAGUAGGUGGAAACACUGAUCUUCAUGACAGUGUGGACUGCCCUGCCAGAGGUCAGAUAACCACAGGGGAAGGACUUAUACUUUGUAACCCCACCUCCACCACUACGCCAGCGUCUGAGGAUGGUGGCAAAGUCGUUAUCGUCAUGGAGACAAUGUAAUUGACAGGAGUGGGGGGAUCAAACUGUCCAUCGCCCAUACAAGGGAAUAACAGGAGCUUAAGGAUGGUGUCCACCCUUAAAACAGUUUUCUGAGAUUGUUGUGUGUCUGCUGAGGAUAGAUGACACGUCGAUAAAUGUCAUCAGGCCAGCAGAGAUGUCAGAUGUUUAAUAGUAAGAGAUUCACCAGGAAGCAUUAGCUCAUUGCAACGUGGUUUCUUAAACUGUGAGGUGUCAUUUUAGUUUACAACUUUUCUGCUUUGUCAGUUGUGGUGUUGUUGUUUUUGUUGCUUUGAGGAUCGGCAGAUUGAAUCCAGGUUCAAUAAAAUCGAACUGUUCCACUACAGAACUGUUAGAAAUGUAAGGACAUCUGCUCCCCUUUGUAAUCCCAAUGUAAGAUACUUAGCAAUCUAGAUAUUAAUAUGUAAUAAUGGAGAGUUUAUAAGAAUCAGUGGCUGUGGACAGCUUGUUGUAAUGUGUCUGUACAUUCAUACGGUAAUGUUCUCGGUCUGAACAGUCUAACAGUUAAGUGUCACACUCCCAGCUGUUAGCUCCUCCUUAUUGUGUAGAGAUCUUACGUUCCCCAUGAUAACAGACGGGACUCAUGGUUUGUACCGUCUUUAGAUCAGCUCUGCAUCCCCUUCUCUUCAGCAGGGAUCUCCAGUCUGUACACGAAGAGUAUGCUAGCGCUAACAGCUGUUCUCGAGUGUAAACAAGAGAGCCCUGCCUUUUUUCCAACAGGUCACCCGAUGUAUGGUGAAGUAUUACAGAAAAAGGGCACAUCACUGAUCUCCGUAGUUUAAGUCCACGUUAACACACAGACUGAGACUGGUACAAAAAAACACAGAAGUGUUCAGAUAUCUUUCACUUCACGUCCACUUAUGUUACGGAAGUGCUCACCUACAUCUGUGUUUACGGCAUUCCUUGGUCAGUUAUUGCCACCAGCGGUUGAUCAGUGAGAUUAAUUAGUGAAAUCAAAUGAAUGAAUCAGUCACCCACACAUCUGCAUACAUCUGGCAGCUGGGUGGUUAAGUACUUCUGGUACUACUGGUUAUUAUAAUCUUGCUAACUAGCCAGCAGCUUUAUUUAGCCGUGGAAUGGAUGUUAAUCAGUUGCCUAUUCAGUCUUUCGCGGCGCAUAUCUGUUCACCAAUAUGAAUGCAGUUAGAUAUCCACAAAGGAACUGUCAUUCACUGUGGUAGACAUGGAAUCUUUCCCUCCAUCCCACAUAAAACAUGGUCACCAUGGUGCAUUACGCCUCCCCGACAUUUUCUUUCUUACGUAUGUCCAUCAAAACAAGACAAGAACUUUAAAUAGUUGAAUGUUUAUCAGAAGACAGCUCGCUCGUCCUCAGUGAUGACGGAGAUUUGGAAAAGAGCCGGGAACAAAUUGGCUGUUUUGGAAAUGAAGAAAGACAAAUGUGGGAGGAUGAUUCACAGAGGGAAGACUGAUUCAUUCAUUAGUCUGUCAGGAGAGCAGAAUUAGGUGGUUAGUUUCUUUCAGAUUUGAUGUGGCAACUUGAUCCUGAUGGAAGAUUUCAGGGUGUCGAUGGAUCAUUUGGUUUUAUGUGUCUCUCGGCUGAGAGAAGCCUUUUGCAUAAACGAGAAUAAACAAUGGGCACUUUUAGGAAACAGAAACAAAGCACCAAACAGAACAGAGAUGAUGACAACACGUCAUCGUUCCCAUCUUUGUCUACAUCUGAAUUUGAGCUCAGAUACAACAAGAAGUCUUCGGCCUCCACACAGUCUAAACUCUGAAAUAGCUGAAAUAUAAAUUUUCAUCAUCCAGAUGUUUCAGGUCUUACAGUGACAGUAACCUGUUAUUGAUAUUUUGUGACAUAAAGACAGAAUAGAUUUCUUACUUAUUAAUGGUCGUUUAAUGCAUAACGGUGAAUCUGAAAUUAGUGAAGAGCAAUAUUUUUCAUCAGCAAAAGUCUGUGUGUAAAUACCUUCAACAAACCAUAGCCCACGCUGUCACAGGGACGCUGUCAGAUUGAAUGUAGAAGUUGGUUGGAGUGGAGAAACGAGUUCGUUUUUCACACCUGCUCCCACAAAGUGCACUUUUUCUUUUCUUUAGUUUUUUAACUGCGUUAGAAAGUUUCACAAAUGUUUCACACAGAUGCCAGGUGAAGCCUGACCUUUAGCCAAUGAGAGAAAGAGUUCCAGAACCAGAACUCUCGGACUGUUCAAGUGAAGACGGGAGCUUGAGGCCGUGAUGCAUUCAGGUUCCUCUGUAACUAGGACAAGCGCUGGUCAUCUGAUGGUCGUCUAAAUGGAAGAGACUGAUCCUUAAACCCUGUGUCCAUGCUGCAUUACAACACGGACUUCACGUACUUGGCUAACCAGUAGCUGACAGGUUCCCAUGAUGGACAACGCUCAUUAUGACAAAAGCAAUGUCCUGCCACGGAAAGGCAGCAACAGAGCGAACAGCUGGAUGGAAACCAACAUACAGCAGAUUGGAUGCAUACAUGGACGGAUAAAAUGUUUUUUAACCCUUUGUGGUACAUGAAUCUGGUUUGAGAGCUCGUAGAGGCUGAAGGACCUCCGGGUUGAUACCGAGCCGUUGAUGUUGUGGUUGAUGGUGUUUUUUGUUUACCUGAACUAAUAAGGUUAUAUAUCUCCAUGGUUACAGAGUGCCAUUUCUACUUGACAGCUGUUACUACUUAGCAUUAGAUAGAGCUGUCGUUGCUCUGUGUGAGUGGACUUUUGAUCGCAAUGACUGCAGAAAUCUGUAUCUCAGGCAGCUCUGAGAUCAGCCUCAUGAAGGGAAACCGCUCCAAACUUCCUCACAGUACCAGCAGAGUGUUGACAUUGAGGCGAGCAUCUUAGUGUUGGAAAUCAACUUUCAUGAAGACGAUUGUAUCAGACUCUGGUGCUGUGAGACUUUUAGGGAUAAAGUCCUAUUGACUGAUCUCCGCACACGAGGCUGAUGUCAGGGCUGGUCUAACGUUUGGAAACCCUCAUUCAAAGAAAAAUUCUUUAAUAGUAGUCCUCUCUAAAGACCUGAAGAGUUUCACACUGACUGGAUUCACAUUGACAGAUUUGGUAACAAAAAAUUGAGUCCGGUGUAUUUAUCUAAAAGUAUAACUGAGUUUAUUGACCUCUUCUAAACAUAAAGCUUAGGACAUCAAACCCAAACACACAUCAGCGACUAACUAAGCACACUAGACAACUGACUGAACCACUGGUCAGUUACCAAACAUGAACGCCAACCUGUAGCACACAAGUGACGGCAUCGGUUGCUGAUGUUGGUUAAAAAUAUUCAACUUCAGCUGACCCAACUUUGGGCCCAUCAGAUUCAAAGAAACAGACAAAAUGCAGAUUUAGUCAUCGAGGUCAGGAGCUGACGGAGGGCAUGUUAGAGAAAAAUCAUCGUAUGAACUUCACUUAUUAGACACAGUGCUUAAAGGACGUCUGUUUCCGGGAUGACCACCAGCUGCCAAUCCUGAAAUGUGAACCCAGUCAAAGUUUUAGACAACUCGGAAUCUCAUCUCCGUUAAACGUGACGGAUCAACUUUCACCUGCCCGAUGAGGAGCAGCUUCACCUGUGUUCCCUCCCCCGUCUGUCUAAAGAACGUUUCUGUCUCUUCUCUCCUGUCCUUCCUGUUUGCAUGAGGUUUGUGUCAGAGUUGAAGGAAGCAGAGAAAAGAUUAGUCUUUCAAGUCCCUUAAUAUUAUGAUGAUGAUAACAAUGCUAAUUAUUAGUAUGACUAAAUUAAUGGUGUGUGUGUGGAUGUAUGUGUGUGAUCUAACUAAACCAGCCUGUUCUAAAAGUGUGUGAAGAUAUACUGAAUAAAACUGUUAAAUCUA